AUGGCAGCCCCCGUCCUGCCUCUGCAGCAGGUCAAGCUCGCCUCGCUACCCUCGACGCAAUUAACGCCGGAACAGCAAUACUGGCGCACCUUCAAGAACCCACUUCUGAUCCCCUCGCCAGCCAAUGGCCCAGUCAACCUCAUCACUCAGCCCGCUGUUCCCUCCUCCGCUGCGGCCUUCCCAUCUCUUACACAACCGCCUGAUGUCUUCACCGUGACAACAGGUGCCCGAGUCCAAAUCUACUCUAUUCGCACUCGCAAACUUCUACGGACAAUCACCCGCUUCGAUGAUACUGUGCGCGGUACCGAUGUCCGUCCCGAUGGCCGUGUCUUGGUGACUGGUGACGACACUGGUUCCGUGCAAGUUUUCGAUGUCAAAUCGCGCGCCAUCCUGAAGACAUGGAAAGAACACAAGCAGCCCGUGUGGGUGAGUAAGUUCUCACCCAGCGAUCCCACCUCUGUUCUCACAGCCAGUGAUGACCGCACUGUCCGUCUGUGGGACUUGCCCUCGCAGAACAGUGCGCGCACCUUUGUCGGCCACAGCGAUUACGUUCGUAGCGGUGCUUUCAUGCCUGGCUCAAUGGCUUCUUCUGGUCUUGUCGUGUCUGGUUCUUACGAUCGUACUGUGCGCUUGUGGGAUCCUCGCGUCGCAAGCCGUGCUGCUAUGACUUUCAAGAUGGGUGCGCCAAUCGAGAGUGUCCUUCCCAUGCCUACGGGCACUACUGUGCUUGCCGCGGCUGAUAACAAGAUCGCCGUGCUGGAUAUCGUGGCUGGUAAGCCAUUGCACAUGAUUCAGAGCCACCAGAAGACUGUUACUGCUCUUGCACUGGCUUCUAAUGGUGAACGUUUGCUCAGUGGUGCGCUUGAUGGACACAUGAAGGUCUUUGAGACCACAGGGUGGAACCCUGUUUCUGGUUCCAAGUACCCCUCGCCUAUUCUCUCUCUGCGUGCCAUCACUUCUGGAACCGAGUAUGAGGACAAACACAUCGCCGUGGGCAUGCAGUCAGGUCUGCUAUCUAUCAAGACCCGUCUGUCUGGUCAACAAAAGGCCAAGGAGAAGGAGCGUCGGAAGGAGAUGGCUGCCCUGUUGGAGGGUAAGCUGGAGGAGCACGACCGGGAGGUUGCAAAGAAGAACAAGAAGGCCCGCGGAUCUGGAUGGGAGAAGCGUCUGCGUGGACGCGACUUCGUCGGAGAAGGCGUGGAAAUUGUCAUUGAAGGCCAGGACAACAAAAAGCGCAAGAGAGAACAGCCAUGGGAUCACGACCUCCGCAAGGCACGUUAUUCAACUGCGCUGGACACCGUUCUUGCCUCUGGCGACACCACCUCCAUCCUCACAUGUCUCACUGCUUUGCGCCACCGCUCCGCCCUGCGAGCUUCGCUAAAGGACCGCGACGAGGUCACCCUCCAGCCCGUUCUCCAGUGGGUGCACAAGAGCAUCCGCGAGCCCCGUUAUGUUAACCUUAGCGUCGAGGUCGCCAUGAACCUCCUCGACAUCUACUCUGGUAAUCUCGGCCAGUCAACACAAGUCGACAAGAUGGUGCAGCGUCUGCACACUAGGGUGCGCACCGAGGUUGAGAUGGCACAGCAAGCAUGGCAAACCAAGGGAAUGCUCGACAUGCUAAAGGCAACCUGA